GUUGUAUUACUAAUCAGUAUUUUGCCGUCGAUGUGACAUACCUCUACAUAUAGGAAACACAGACGUCCGUUUUGUAAUACUGCUAAUUGUUAUUUGGUAUUUGCAUCAUGCUUGUCCGAGUAGUCGUGAUCGCAUGUCUACUUCAGACUGCCGUAAGUGCGGCAGUGCAAGAGGAAGAGCGCUACUAUUGCCCCACACCUGUUGCACCCGCACACGCCACUUAUAUAGGCACGGAUUACGAGAUGGGCUCAUAUAUAAUAGUAAAAUGCGACCCUGGCUAUUACCUCACAGGAAUGAUGAAGAUUUACUGUAUGGCGUUACCAAACCCAUGGAAAAAAAUGGCUGGGUGGGAUAAUGUCGUUGGGCAAAAUCCGGCAUGCCAUCCAAUGACAGAUAAACAGCAAGAGCGUGAUGAUACUUCUAACGAUAGUACCAAAAAGAUCCUUACCCGGAAGAGCCGUUCACCAGAAUUUCUAGUAGACAUGGGCGAACCCAAGACAGUCAAAGACGACUUCGUUGACCUCUUUGAGGAGGAACCCCAACAGGAGACUGUGCUAACUAUUAAUACCAAAGUGAUGUAUGCUAACGAACUGAAGGAUCGGAAGAAUAACAAAAAGGGAGACUUUGUCAUUACACCACUCAAGUAUAAGUCACACAAAUUCCACGACAAGAAUGGCCAAGCGGCGUGCUCAUUGGAAAAACUCACCGGACCAUGCCGAUCCAGAAAGAUCAGAUACUUUUACAACACCUCCACAGAACAGUGCGAGCAAUUCAUAUAUGGUGGCUGCCGUGGAAACGGUAACAACUUCAUGACGAUGGAGGACUGUGAGAACGCAUGCAGGAAGUAACACAUCGCAAGUUCAUGUCUCGAUUUAAUGACGAUUUGGUUGUCAUUCAUUGGAAUUAAAGUGAACAUAAGUAUAUUGAUAUUGUUAUCAUAUUUCAGGUGGAGGAUUUAGCAAGUUAAAGAGAUAAAUCUGAAUACACCAAUAUGUUGCAUUUUAUAUAACGAUUGCCAUCCGCAAUAUUGACAUUAGUUUGUACUGAGUUGUAAAAAAGGAAGAAUGUUCUAAUGAAGUGAAAUUAUCGCUGUUGUGAUGACGGUUGUUCUAUGAUUUUACAACAAUAUAAAUUAUAUGGUAAUAAUCUAGCAAAAUCGAAUCGAUUAUCCAUUUUGGUACAAACUUUUAUCAUGAAUGAUAAAGAAGAUUUUUUUUUAAUAGUUCAUAGUAAUUAUUAUUCUUACAUAUUAUUAUUCCUUAAACUGGUGCUAUAGGUGAGAUUGAGCUACGAUUGUGCUUCUUCUUAUGUACAAACUAUAUUUCUUGUUAAACUUAGUAAAGUAACUAUUAUUUGUCAGGAUUAGUUCAGUUUUUUUAAAUUGCAUAUUCUUGUUUCCUUGAACGAUAUAUUUUAUAAGUAAGAAUGCUACUCCCUACAAUCUUACAGCCACAUCAAUAUAUAUAUAUUACUUUACACUAUAUAUCAUUUUAAAGAUAUUAGUUUUUGCAUGAUGUGAACUAAGGUCAAAACAUCAUUGCAUUGAUGUAAAAAAAAACAUUUCUGAUCAAUUAUCCUAGUUGUACAAAUUGCCGCACAGUGUCAAACAAAUUAAGAAGAAUUAUCAUGUUUGAUAAUAACGACAUCCAUGUAGGAAAAGUUUGAAUGUGAGGGAGAGAGUUGUUGAGUAUGUAAGGUGGUUAUAGACAAUAGUUUGAUUAAAAUUUAAAAUAAGUUCCUAUCAUACAUGAUAAAUAUAUUAUUACCAGGCAUAUUUGAAUUGAAAGAUUUCUAUCUGGAAUUACGUAAUGUUAGAUGUUAUUAAAGAUAUCUUCCCACAUGUUAAUAACAUUACAUUGCUGACGCUUUUGCAACUAACUAAAAGGACGGAAUUGCAGGGUAAGAUUCUUAAAAUCAAUGUUAUGAGCGCCAAUGUUACAUAAUGAUAGAUAAUUAUGUCGAGGCCAGUAGGUAAGUAAUGACGCUCGAGAAUCUACGUAACUAAUUGGACCAAUUACGAAUUCUGGAAUGUCAACGUACAAACAAAUGCAAUAAAAGUAUUACCAUUGAUAGUUAUGCGCGGAAAAUCCGAGCGCCGAUAACGGACUGUAGCGCAUUAAACCACAAAUAAGUGAUGCAAUCAAUUAAUAGCGAUAUGCAAGACCAAUAUUUGACUUUUUAAAGUAAAAAGUUAAAGAUUUCUACAUGUGUUCCAAGUUAUCCACGCGAUGUAAGAUAGCACAUACCUAUGUUUUAUGUAGUUAUAGAUUUCUUAUUGCACGUUUAAAUAUUCUAUAUAAGAGUUAUAUUUGCAAAAGCUGAUUUUUAGUUAAUAGUGAGCGUGUGUCCAGCUUGAGUAGGACGAACACCUCGCCGCAUGUUCACACGCACGAGAAUUCAUGGCGAUAUUCGAUAGAAAUUCCAUAACUUUCGCUAAUAAUUCCACUUUUUUAAUGCUAAAAGAAAUAUGUUUUUUUGCAAAUAUUUUAAACUGCCACAACCAUACUUGUGUAUAUGUUUGAAACACGAAAAUUGGUAAUAUCAUUGUUAAAAGAAUAUGUGACUACUAGUAACACGUACAUGUAAAUUAUACUUUUAUUUUCAUUCUCGGAUAUAGGGUAAUAUUAUAUCUGGAAUUGUUUGUACCUAAUGGGUACCGUAUAGUUCUUUAGACCUAUGUAUAUAUCUUUAUAGAAUUGUCUGUGCCAAAUUGUACACUACCACAUAUCAUUGUAUCAUAGAGUUUAAUGUUUUCAUAAUCAAUAACAACCGUAACUCAAUUAAAUGAGUUUUAUACAACAAUGCAAAAUCGAUGAUUUUAAUGGGUUUUUUUUAUCUAUAUUCUAAACAGUGUUCAGCUUUUUCACUUGUCAUAUUUGAUAGUUUUCAUCUAUUUGAAAGUGGUUUCUUGUUAUAACAAACACGUGUUAUGUUCUUGAAAAACAGCAUUCUCAUUUGUGAAAACAAGUUUGAAUACUGUUAUUUCAUAUUAUAAUAAAAAUGGUUCUUUACCCCACAGUUUUCCUAUGAAAACAGUGUUACAAUUGCAACAUUGAUAAGCCAAGUUCAAACAAUUAUUUGAAAUUUUCUUCCAUAGUUUUAAGCACAACACAUUUAGUUGUGAAGAUUUUCAUAUUAAAUUCCAACGAGUGAUAUUACAUUUUCAUUUUAUUCUUUCUUAAAACAUCAUUUUCUUUGACUUCCUGCUUCUGUGAUUUGAUAUAUAAUGCCUUAUUAAUAUUUAUCAUAGCUUGCGGAAAGACGACAGUUAAUAAGUGGUAUCCGUCAUACCUUUAGUGACUCAUUUUCCAAUGAAAUAAGUUUCAUACGUUUCAUGUUUACUUUGAAGGUGACAAUGCUAUCAUUGUGGUUUUAAAUGUUUCGAAAACUUCAAAAGAAAAUAAGAUGUAGAAGUGGUGCUGUAAAAUAAAUUAUUAUUUUACUUAAUAUUUAACAUAAGGGAGUGUGUAAUCAUGUAAUGUGUAAAACUGUUCUUCGUUAUUAAUCUGUACCAAAGUUUUUGAGUAAUAUAUUACACAAUAAUUUACCGUCAUGUGUUGAUUAUAUCUAUUAUGCUAUAACAAAUGUAACGAAAUAGGUCUUCUUUCACCAACCAUAUAGUUACUUAGAUAUGAAGGAUACAUUUUGGAACGGCUUUACUUGUAUUAAUGUGGCGCGUGCAUGGUAUGCUGUCAAAUUAAUAAUUCUUGCUGACCAAUGAAAAACGUCGUUAAAUUGCCUGCAUGGUAGAAUAAUUAAAUUCACUGAAGCUAUCUAUGACCGGGGCACUGUACUGAAGUGGUGUUAUUUUCUCAUUUCCAUAUUACUGAUAAUUAAAUAAUAAUUAUUUAUUACCACGUGGCAAUGGGACACAAUAACAUGGUGAUUACAUUUCAAUUAAUAUUAGUGACUGGUAAUUGGCAUUAUAGCAUUAUUUCACUGUUCCUACUUUUACAUGAGUGCGGUUUCUAAUAUUUAGUGUAUGUACUUGAAUUAAAGAAAUUCUAUUAUUCUUGUUUGACAACUUUCAGUACACUAUCGUUUAGCAUUGUGAUAUAUGCAAGUACAUUAUGAACAUUUUGAUGACUGUUAUGUUGGAGAGCGUGUUCCUGAUACAAGCAAUGGAAUUUCAAUUCCAUCUUGUAAUGCAGUUACAAUCCCUUCACUGACAGGCUUUUACGUACACAACUGUGUGCAUCUUAGGCUUAUCAAUGUUACUGUGUAACUAUAGAUGUUACGAUAAACACUUAGGAAGCUUGUGAAUACUGCUGCACAACUGUAACAAGCUGUACUCAACUUUUUGAAGCUUGUUUACGUUACUAUACAAUUGUAGAAAGGACUAAAUAAACUAUUUGAAAAUACAAAA